AUGCCGGGCUUCGACUUCUCCAACUACAACCGCAACGCGGCCCUGCACGCGAGGGGCGUGCCGCUACCCAAGGCCACCAGCACGGGCACGACGAUUGUUGGCUGCAUAUUCGAUGGCGGCGUAGUGAUCGCGGCCGAUACCCGCGCCACGUCGGGCCCCAUCGUCGCCGACAAGAACUGCGAGAAGUUGCACUACAUCUCCCCUCAAAUCUGGUGCGCGGGCGCCGGCACCGCCGCCGACACGGAGUUCACCACGGCGCUCAUCUCGUCGCAGCUCGAGCUGCACUCCAUGUCGACCGGCCGCCAGCCCCGCGUUGUCACCUGCAUGACGCUCCUCAAGCAGCAUCUCUUCCGCUACCAGGGCUACAUCGGCGCCUACCUCGUAGUCGCCGGCUGCGACCCGACCGGCACCCACCUCUUCACCGUGCACGCCCACGGCUCGACCGACAAGCUCCCUUACGUCACGAUGGGCAGCGGUAGUCUCGCGGCGAUGAGCGUCUUCGAGACGCAGUGGAAGGCCAACCUCACGCAGGAUGAGGCCGUCAAGCUCGCCAGCGACGCCAUUCUGGCCGGUAUCUUCAACGACCUGGGCUCUGGCUCCAACGUCGACGUGGCCAUCAUCACAAAGGACAAGACGACGCUGAAGCGAAACUACAUCAAGCCCAACGAGAAGAGCGCCAAGCUGCAGAGCUACGCCUUCCCCAAGGGCACCACCGCUGUGCUCAACGAGAAGAUUAUCCAGAAGAACGACAUUGGGCGGUAUGUCAGCGUUCACGAGGUGCCGCUCGAGGGCGAUACAAUGGAGGUGGACAGCUAA